GAGUUAAGAAACUCGAUACGAGUCUAACUUCAGGCCGUCGACCACCGAGCAUCGAGUCCUCUCUGGACAGCGUCGAAUCGUUUCCCUUUCUCGAAGCUGCGUGUUUCCGCGUCCAGGAAAAAAUCGAGGGCUCGAAAGUCGUCUCGUCGAUCUUCCAACUUUCCAACGGGAAGAAAUGUCUGCCGGGCAUGUAUUCGAACGACUACGAUGACGGUACUCUUAUGAAUUCCUAUAUUAGAUGGAGUAAAAGGUACAACGUCACCUCUCUCCCAUUCUUCAUCGUUUCUUUUUUGUUUCUCUCGGCCACGGGUCGCACAUGUGCAUCGGUUCAUCACGUUCGACCGCGAAAUUGAGACACGGCCACGAUUCGAUUUCACGAAUUCGUUCUGUGCAGACUGGCCAGACUUCAUCAACGUACCCUCCGGAUUUAUCAGGAGAACGAGUACAUGCAUCACGACGACCAAGACAAACGAUCUCGACAGAGAGCGAGGAGGUGAAAGCUGACGAGGAAGCCUGCUGGAAAUGCAGAGGGGAAGACGUGGACGGGAACUCGGUUUCGUUCCCUCAUAUCCAAGAUCUCUGUCCCGCUGAUAGGAAGAGGAUAGCUCUACUGGUCAAACAAUUAAUUAAGUAAAUUCCCUCCGCAAUUUAUAUCGCCAUACACGCAUUCAAUUGCAACUUUACGUUCAAUUAAUCAUUAUUAUAUUUCAAUAUCGAAGCUCAUUUCUAUCAGAUAGGUAAUUAAUUUUCU